AUGACCAGCAACGACGACGUUGACAUGCAGGAUGUGCCGCCUGAAAGGCAGCCUCUUUCGUCGCCGACAUCGACGGCAUCCACAGCAGACAGUGCGCUGGUAUCAGAAGGCUUUCGCCGCGCCUGUGCCAAGCUGCUCGAUUCUCCGAGGUCGCUCAUGACACUUCAGAUCACGGCCCUCAGAAAAAUCCUUGCCGCCGAUCCGGCCGACGAUCCGGCCAUGCUUCAGGAGCAUCAGCAGUUGCUACAUGCAGACAUCUCCGUGUGGCUCAGGGAAAUGCAUUCCUACGAGAAGUUCGUCAAGCAAGCGCCUCCCCUUGAGUUUUCUCGACGCCUCAUCGACAGCGACGGCAACCCCAUCAAGGUCCUGUCCAACAAAGGCGAGCUUUUCCGCCGCUUUUACCAGCGCUGGUCCAAGUCGGAAGACCUCGAGCCCGUCGCGCUGCUCGACUGGAUGCUCGUCCAUGGUACCCAAGUGCCUCAGAGGGUCGGACCUCCAGUGCUCAGCGGAGCCGAGGCAGUUCCCUUUUGGCAGCUCGCCGCUUCCUUCAACGAGCCUUACCUGGGUGAUCAGGUUCGCUGGGCAGAGCAUCUGAUCCGUGUCGAGUACGGAGCCAGGUACCGAGAAGCCCGAGCCACCGGCGACAAGCGCAACUACUACUACAGCAAGACUCUGCCCAUCGUGCAGUCGAGUGGGACAGGCAAGAGUCGCCUGGUCUGGGAGCUGCGCCACUGCUGGCCGUCGCUUUCGCUCACUUUACGUCGCUCUGGCAACGACGCAGUCCCCACGUCCGGCUAUCCGCUCCAAGAUAAUGCCGCCAAGGACUACUUCAGCCAAAGUGGCACCGUCGACCCCGACCUCAUCGUCAUCGCCUUCAUCGCAGCGUGGCUAAAGCAGGCCGCCAUCACCGUCCACGUCGGAGCCGACUCCAUGGCUGGCCUCUUUGCCACCUGGGACUACAGCGUCCGGGAGACCUCGACCAAGAAGUGGAUCCCCAACCAGCAGCGUCACGACGCCUUUGAGGCAGUGGCUCGACGCGCCAGGGCUAACGUCACCCGGUAUCGUGACGAAGUGCUCCGUGGAUGCGUGCCCAAGACGGAAGAUGCGAUGCCCGAGUUCAAACACGACGAGAUCAUCGGACGGGCCGAGGAAAUGGUGCGCUUGCUCAUCAAGCCAGCUUUGCAGGAUCUCAGCGACAAGCUGCUAGAGGCGCCCGUGGUCAAGGCUGCACAAAGGAAGUUCGACCUCGAGCGGCCACUGCUGCUCCUGGCCAUCGACGAGUGCACGCUCUUGGAACAGCUCACGAGCAAGGCAAUGCUUCUGCACCUUCGCCGAUGCUUCUCGAUGAUUGACGACAUUGCCAGCCCCGACCUCGACGUUUGGCUGCUGUUGCUCGAUACGUCGAGCUCCGUAGGCCAAAUGGUCCCAUCGGAGAAGCACAAAAAGUCGUCCAGAGAGCAGGAGAUGCUGUCCUUUUCUCCGCUGAUCCCGGUCGGGUUCGACGUCUUCGUCGAUCCAAGCCACCACCCCGCCAGGCCUGCCGAUGCGCUCCGGCUGGACGCCCUGAAGCGGUACGGUCGGGCUUUGUGGCACCAGUACGGGGCGAAUCGGCUGGUGACGGUGGCCUCAAUGAAGCUGUGCGGCGAGGUCGACGCCAACAAAGUCAGUCCCGAGCUCCGGGCCAUCACGCUCCUCUCGCACCGAGUGUGCCUCGAGGUCCUGCCCAUUAGAAGCAGCCUGGGAUCCUGGCUACUCCCAACGGCUUUGGUCGACAAGCACCUGCGCUGGAUCCUCAGCUUCGUUGACGAUGACACCAUCUACACCCGGGCUUUGAGCGAGCCGGCUCUGGCUCUUGCCGCUUGGUACCGACUGACGGACGAUGGAGGCGGCGAAACGCCGGAAGCAUGGACGUACUCGGACGUCGUUCUGACCAUGUCACAGCGCCUGAUCAACGCGUCGCCCGUCGACAUCAAGGGAGCCAACGGCGAAUUUCUGGUGCGGCUUCUCCUCACCAUGGCGCGGGACGCCAGCGAGGAAGUCGAGCGUGCACGCGCUCUCCGUAUCCUCUCGCUGCUCCAGUCGGUGCCAGCGGUCAGUGCGUCCUCUUUCCUCUCGGGACUGCUCGGCCACGAGCGCGGCUCGAGCGCUCUCGCGCAGCUGGAGCAGGCCAUCGAUCUGAGGCGUCAUGGAGGCGGUCUGGCAAAUCUGGGUCGCUCGUGGUCCCACUGGCAGCAAGAUGCGACCAAGCAACAAAGAGACGAGCAACGAGGCACCGGAACAGACAAGGGCGAAGGCGGCUCAAGGUCCAGCCAGGGCGACGGCAGCGGCCCCGCAGAGCCCAAGCGCGGCGCAUGGCUCAACUUCACCCACAUGGCGGUGCUGGUGUGCGAGCUGCAGCUCAUCUCGAGGCAGUACCUCUGGAAGUGCUGGAAGCGCGGCGUCGCCCUGCAGUGCCAUUCCUCGCAGCGCGGCAUCGACGGCAUUCUGCCCGUCUUUCUGGGAUCCCUCGACGAAAAGCUCGACGAGCGCGAGGCAGCGGCACGCAUGACGUACAUUGGCUGGCAAGCCAAGAACCAGGCCGACGCGUGCGCGACGCGCGCGUGCUUCCAUGGGCCGCUGCAUGCCUUGUCGCCGACGCCGCAACAGGGCACACUGGAGGAGCCGCCGCCGCCGCCGCCGCCGCCGACGCGCGAGGGAGACCCGCCGCUGUUCACGCUCGUAUUCGAGCUGGGCACGUCGGCCGAGUUUCGGGACAGCAGCAUCUCGAAGCACGUCAAGGUGGUCAACGAAGCGUGCGCAAAGGCGGCCUGCGGCGGCGUCAAGUGCCUCACGCUGCGGAUCCGCGGCUGCGAUGCGGCCGUCUACCCUUUCCUGGAGCGGUGGCGCGUCACGGCGCCCUUUGUCGCCAUGGUCGAAAAGCGGGACCUGCUCCCCGACGACUGGGCCCGCGAGCAGGUCGGUCAGAACCCUGGCGAUGACGGCAGGGAGGGAGACGUGAUACCGCCCCUCGUUGAUGCUGAGGCGCUGCCGUGA